CUAUGCAUACAAGUAUAAUGACGUGAGUGUAUCAUAAUAUCUGUAGUGCAAAGAGUAGAGUAGACUUGAAAUCACAAUUCUUCAUUCGUCAAAAUACUUUUCCUUUUUUUUUUUGUUGUUUGUGUAUUAAUUGAAGAAAUACAUUGAAAACAGGAGAGGAAAAUGUCUUCACCACGCCCGAAAUCGCCUCGUACUCCUGUUUUACCUAAAAAGGAAGAGAAGGAAGAAUCUAUAUGGGAUAAACUUGGAACCAUUGGACGUAAAAAACGCAUUAAGGAAGUACAAGAGGUUCAAGCUGAAGGCAAACAUGCUAUUGAUUCACCUGGCAGCCCUACUGCACCUGAAGUACCUCCAGAAGAAUAUAGUUUGCUUGAUAAUGAAGAAAGGGCAAUCAUUGAACCCAAGUCUUUAGAGGACCCCCGGGUGAAGGAACUCAUUCAAGUGCUUAUUGAUUGGAUCAAUGAUGAACUUGCCAUGCAGAGGAUUAUUGUUAAAGAUAUUAGUGAGGAUCUUUAUGAUGGUCAAGUAUUACAGAAACUACUAGAAAAACUGACUGCAACUAAACUCGAUGUACCAGAAGUAACACAAUCUGAAGAGGGGCAGCGGCAAAAGUUAGCUGUUGUUCUGAGAGCUGUAAAUAAGGUGCUUUUUGGAUCUACAAAACCGGCGCAGAAAUGGAGUGUUGAUUCUAUUCAUUCUAAGAGUGUUGUAUCGAUAUUGCACUUAUUGGUGGCCUUGGCUCGUCAUUUUCGAGCUCCGGUCCGACUUCCAGAGAAUGUAAAAGUGGCUGUACUUGUUGUUAAAAAAGAAACUAGCCCAGGGAUGCAGCUGUCUCACCGGAGUUUUAUGGAAGACAUUACAACUACCUAUGAUGAUUUAGGUAUGAAAUGUGAAAGGGAUGCAUUUGAUGCUCUGUUUGAUCAUGCACCUGAUAAAUUACAAGUCGUCAAAAAGUCUCUCAUAACAUUUGUUAAUAAGCACCUUAGUAAGGUAUAUUUGGAGGUAACAGAUCUAGACACACAGUUUCAUGAUGGCGUCUACUUGUGUCUUUUGAUGGGUCUCCUAGAGGGAUUUUUUGUUCCUCUUUAUGAUUUCCAUCUCACUCCACAAGACUUUGACCAGAAAGUGCACAAUGUGUCGUUUGCUUUUGAAUUGAUGCAGGAUGUGGGACUUGCCAAACCUAAGGCUAGACCUGAAGAUAUUGUGAAUCUCGAUCUUAAGUCGACACUACGAGUUCUCUACAAUUUGUUUACUAAAUACAAAAAUAUGCCAUAAUUUUUAUUACAGUGUGAUUUUUAGUUGUUACUUACAUUAUUAUUUUAAUAACAAAGAUUAUUAAUAAUUGAAUUAUAUUAGUUAUGUUAAAUAGUGCCUUAUAAGUAAUAUAUUAAUAAAUAAUAUACUAACACAAA